AGCAUAUCCUGGAAACAGAAUUGAAGCGCAUCUUUACCACAGCGAUGAGCUCGAUGUGCAAGUCACGUGAUCCAUGGCAAAAAUUUCUGUACAAACAGGGACACUAGCCGCUACUAAACCUUAGCAUCGACCUUUUCCAACAUCACUCACAUCAUUGUUCAAGUUCCAAUUUACCAACGACCACUUCUUCUCAUCAAGAAAUCAUCGACAAUAAUCAAAAAUGGCUAGCAUGACCUCUCCAGCUGAGCCGUGGUCUCUGAAGGGUAAAACUGCCAUCGUGACCGGAGGCUCCCGAGGAAUCGGCAGUGGGAUUGCCGUACACUUUGCCCGCAAGGGCUUGGAAAACCUCGCCAUCACGUAUGUGGCGAACAAGGCCGCUGCCGAUAACACUCUGGCAAAGUGUCGCGAACUGGGUGUCAGGAACGCCGUUGCCAUCAAGGCAGAUUCAACAGAUCCGACAAUCGGCCCAAAGAUCAUCAAAGACGCCCUGAGCGCACUCAAGGUUACGACUAUUGAUAUUCUGGUCAACAAUGCGAUUCUCGCCGACAUCAGCAACACGUCGGACGUUAAGACGCUCCAGGCCAAGGACUUCAAUGAUCUUAUGGUCGCAAAUGUCUACACUCCUGUCAGCCUGACAACUGCCUUCAUGGAGCACGUCCCCAAGUACGGUGGUCGCGUCAUCAACAUCUCCAGCAUUGCUGGCAAGUUGGGUAACUCGGACCCAAUCAUCACGUACGGAGCCACGAAAGCCGCGCUCGAGAGCUUCACGAGGUCUUUUGCCGACACCUUUGCCUCAGACAAGGGAAUGACCUUCAACAGCGUCGCGGUUGGGCCCACGGAGACUGAUACGCUGGCCAAGUCGAGGGAAAUGGAUCCGGAGUUCAUCGAAAAGCAGACAGAGUAUAUUACUGUUGGUCCCCGUCUCGGAAACACUGACGAUAUUGCCUACAUCGUUGGCUUCCUUGCGAGUGAGGAGGGACGUUGGGUCAAUGGAGCUGCAGUCAGUGCAAACGGUGGAUAUCGCCCACUUCUUGCGCUUUUUGGCUAAAUUUCGACUUACAUCGUAUGACUUGUACACAGAGCUUUCUAGUUGAGUGCGUGAAUCAAUCACAGUGCUUUCAGUAGAUAAUCGCUUGGAAAAUCAUUCACUUGACUUCCGAAAAAAAAAAAAAAAAA